GAGGAGGAGCUGAAAAUGCAGAUUUAGCAUCAGGCACAGAUACACUCGCUCUUUCUCUGAGAUACACACAGCUCUCCACAUUAGCACCUCUGCGAGCAAGCCGGGCUGCCUGACUACACGGCUUCCCCGCCAGCCAGAUGCUAGAGAACACACACUGAUUUGCUCCUUUCCAAACCCCUAAUCAGUGUUUUUCUCUACACAAAGAUUUUUUUAAAACAAGCAACAACAAAAACUAUAUAUAUAUAUUUUUUCUUUUCGUUUUUUUUUUAAUUUGCACCUUCCUUGCGGGACCACUGCUCCGCCAGCCUGCGCGCCUCCUAACACCACUUUUCACUCCCAAAGAAAGAUGAAAGGUGGCUGUGUCUCCCAGUGGAAGGCGGCCGCCGGGCUCCUCUUCUGUGUCAUGGUUUUUGCAUCUGCCGAGAGACCGGUCUUCACGAAUCAUUUUCUUGUGGAGUUGCAUAAAGGAGGAGAGGAAGAAGCUCGCCAAGUUGCAGCAGAACACGGUUUUGGAGUCCGAAAGCUCCCCUUCGCUGAAGGCCUGUAUCAUUUUUAUCACCAUGGCCUGGCAAAGGCCAAGAGGAGACGCAGCCUGCACCAUCAGCAGCAGCUGGAGAGAGACCCCAGGGUAAAGAGGGCCUUGCAACAGGAAGGGUUCAACCGAAAAAAGCGAGGGUAUAGAGACAUCAACGAGAUCUACAUCAACAUGAACGACCCUCUUUUUACGAAGCAGUGGUAUCUGAUCAAUACCGGGCAAGCUGAUGGUACUCCUGGCCUUGACUUGAAUGUGGCAGAAGCCUGGGAGCUGGGAUACACAGGGAAAGGUGUUACCAUUGGAAUUAUGGACGAUGGGAUCGACUAUCUCCACCCGGACCUGGCCUCAAACUAUAACGCCGAAGCAAGCUACGACUUCAGCAGCAACGACCCCUAUCCUUACCCUCGAUACACAGAUGACUGGUUUAACAGCCACGGGACCCGAUGCGCCGGGGAAGUUUCUGCAGUCGCCAACAACAACAUCUGCGGGGUCGGAGUGGCCUACGGCUCCAAGGUCGCAGGGAUCCGGAUGCUGGACCAGCCCUUCAUGACGGACAUUAUCGAGGCCUCCUCCAUCAGCCACAUGCCUCAGCUGAUAGACAUUUACAGCGCCAGUUGGGGCCCCACCGACAACGGGAAGACGGUGGACGGGCCCCGGGAGCUCACACUCCAGGCGAUGGCGGACGGCGUGAACAAGGGCCGAGGGGGCAAAGGCAGCAUCUACGUGUGGGCCUCAGGGGACGGCGGCAGCUACGACGACUGCAACUGCGACGGCUACGCCUCGAGCAUGUGGACCAUCUCCAUCAACUCGGCCAUCAACGACGGCAGGACCGCCCUGUACGAUGAGAGCUGCUCCUCCACCCUGGCCUCCACCUUCAGCAACGGGCGCAAGCGCAACCCCGAGGCCGGAGUGGCAACCACAGAUUUGUACGGCAACUGCACCCUGAGGCAUUCUGGGACAUCCGCGGCUGCUCCCGAGGCAGCUGGAGUGUUUGCACUGGCUUUAGAGGCUAACCUGGGUCUGACCUGGAGAGACAUGCAGCAUCUGACCGUGCUCACGUCCAAACGGAACCAGCUUCAUGACGAGGUCCAUCAGUGGCGGAGGAACGGGGUCGGCUUGGAGUUUAAUCACCUCUUUGGCUACGGGGUGCUUGACGCAGGCGCCAUGGUGAAAAUGGCCAAAGACUGGAAAACUGUGCCUGAGAGGUUCCACUGUGUGGGAGGCUCCGUGCAGGACCCUGAGAAAAUACCGCCCACCGGCAGGCUGGUGCUGACGCUCGCCACCGCUGCCUGCGAGGGGAAGGGGAACUUCGUCCGCUACCUGGAGCACGUGCAAGCUGUGGUCACGGUCAACGCGACCAGGCGAGGGGACCUGAACAUCAACAUGACGUCCCCCAUGGGCACCAAGUCCAUCCUGCUGAGCCGGAGGCCACGGGACGACGACGCCAAGGUGGGCUUCGACAAGUGGCCUUUCAUGACCACCCACACCUGGGGGGAAGACGCCCGGGGGACCUGGACCCUGGAGCUGGGCUUCGUGGGGAGCGCGCCCCAGAAGGGGGUGCUGAAGGAGUGGACGCUGAUGCUGCACGGCACGCAGAGCGCCCCGUACAUCGACCAGGUGGUGAGGGAUUACCAGUCCAAGCUGGCCAUGUCCAAGAAGGAGGAGCUGGAGGAAGAGCUGGACGAAGCGGUGGAGAGAAGCCUGAAGAGCAUCCUGGGCAAGAACUAGCACCUCGGCACCCUCUCCCCACCGCCAGCCCGCCGCCCCAGCCGGGCACCUAGCAGUUAACCUCCCCCCACACAAGCGAUUCCAACUUCUUGCCCCGAAGCUUCGCUCACUGUCAGUGGUUAUUUUCAUUACCAUGGAAGCAACCUUUUUUAUUCUGUGCCCAAAAUACAGUGUUCCCACC